AUGCGAAAUGCUGCUGGAGCCAAGACCGCGAUCUUCAAGCCCACUGAUGAGGAACCUUAUGCUCCAUUCAAUCCGAAAGGAUUUACUGGCAUGAUGGACGUGUACUCUGAAAUGAAAAGUGGAAUCAAAGUUGGUGGAGGAGCUGCUCGGGAAUGUGCUGCAUAUCUGUUGGACCAUGAAAGUCGUGCCAAGGUUCCUUGCACUACUAUGCUUCGAAUCUCUCAUACUACUCUGCUGCCCAAGUCUGAAGCUGAGGUUCAGAUCAAAGUCGGUUCGUUGCAGAGGUUCCAUGAGCAUGACUGCACAGCGGAAGAUAUUGGCACCUCGCUGUUGGAUGUCGAACAGGUUCAUUACAUUGGCAUAUUGGAUGUCCGCUUGUUCAACAUGGAUCGGAACUCGGACAACCUUCUGGUCAAUCGUCAUCAUUCUGGCAAAGUCUCUCUGAUUCCUAUUGACCACGGUUACGUGCUUCCAUCCUUCAAACACCUUGAGGAUGUGAACACUUGUUGGUUGCACUGGCCUCAAGCUAAGAAACCUUUCAGUGCCGACACCUUGUCGUUCAUUGAGAAUCUGAAUGCCGAUGAAGAGAUGGAAAUGUUGAAGACCACUUUGGGUCUGCCGGAAGAAUGCUUGAUCACCCUGUUUAUCGGGACCACUUUGAUUCAGAAAGCCGCCUUGUCAGGACUCACCUUGCACGAGAUUGGCACUUUGAUGAUGCGCCCUGGUUAUGACAUGCCAUCUGAAGUUGAGCUUGCUGUUAGGAGAGUCCUUGCCGUGUGGACCGAAUCUGAUGGAGUGAGUGUUUUGAAAUCACUAUUAGCUUCCGAGAUUAGUGAGAUGAUUGUGUCUAAGAACCCUUCUCCUUAAGUGUGGCUGAGAAUGGAUAAUUUGCAUCCUGAUGAUCGUCGUUUGUAGUAAAUCUUGGUAAAUUCGAAACUAUG